GUUUUUGUUUUCAAGCCGAGAGGUCGCGUUUUUGUUUUUCUGUUGCAAACGGGCGAGGACGUGGAAAAUAAAAGACUGUAAUAUAAAUAAACGCAGCAACGGGAAUUCAAAUUACUUGAUUUAUAUUUAGCUAAAGUUUAAACUAAAGUGAAGGUUUCUACACAUUUACCCGGCAAACCAGGUUAAACUAGUGGAAAUAUAAUAAGCAGAAAGCAGAAAUAAAUAAAAAAGAAAGGCAAUUAAAACAAGCCCCAAAAAGAAAGCAAAAGUAUACAAAAAGUGAAUAAAGUGUUGAAAAAGAAAGAAAGAAGAAGAAAAUAAUAGUGUUUGAUCAAGUGAAUUAGUGCUUCAGUGAGAGAGAGAGAUAGAAAGAGAGAGGUAGAGAGAAAGAGUGAGUGUUGAGUUAGUCACAACGUCGUCGUCUACAAAACCAACGACAUCCACUGCUGCUGCUGCUGCUGCCGCCGGUGUAGGGGGAGGAGUCGGAGUAGGAGUAGUUGGAACAUCAACAUCCAUAGCAGGAUCAACAACUGCAGCUAAUACACGCAGCGGCGGACGCAGCGGUCAGCGACGUCGCAGUAGCAGCAGUAACCCAAACGCCGGCACAACGAAAGCGACCAGCGGCAGCGGUGGAGCUGGCAGUGCCGGCGGUGGAGGAGGCGGUGGCGUCAAACAAAGCGUCAGUCGCAAUAGCAAUAUUAGGAGUAGCAGCUCCAACAGUACCAUGGCCUCGGCCAAUCAUCGCGGCGGAGGCGGUGGUGGUGGCGGUGGAGCACGUGGCGGUGCCAGUGCUGCUGCCGGCCAUGAUGGCAAUCCCUCGGCCAUUAUGGGAUUACAGAUCGGUUCGGCGUGGUUUCAACGCAAAAUUAAUCUAAGACCGCAACAUCGCGGUGUUCAUUUAGUUACCGAGGAGAUACUGAGACAAAUGCCAGAAUUGGCGCAUUUCUCUGUGGGAUUAUGUCACAUGCAAAUUCUUCACACCUCGGCGAGUUUAGCGUUAAACGAAAGCUGGGAUCCAGACGUCAGAGACGAUAUGGAAAUGAUGUUGAAUAAAAUAGUUCCCGAAGGUUUGCCCUAUCGACAUUCAUGCGAAGGACCCGAUGAUAUGCCGGCCCAUGUAAAGGCAUGCUUCUUGGGCAGCUCACUGACAAUCCCCAUAACCGAUGGCAAACUUUCAUUAGGCACCUGGCAGGGUGUUUGGCUAUGCGAGCAUCGCGAUCAGGCGGGAUCACGUAAAUUGGUUAUCACAUUAACCGGAUGUCCACGCGAAUCAUUGGCACGGAGUCCCCUGUCACCAGUAUCACCGAUUGCCAGUACGUCCAGUUAGGGGCGGCCUCGCUCCACCCGUGAUAGUCGGUAAUCGCGGGGGAGCGACAAUAAUGUGCACAUUUCGUCGAGGAAGUUGAUAUUACAAAAGAAUUUAGCUAGGGCAACGGCACAACAGCGUGCAGCGGCUGUGAUAGCAGCCGGCAGUGGCAAUCAAGGAUUGAGAGCGGCAGCGGUAGCAGCUGGACGGGAUGUAUGUUAUGGCAUGGCAGCUGGAUUUGCAGCAGCGAUACCACCAAAUGUUCCUUCAAUAAAGAUGCUUAAACAACA